ACUGCGCAGACGCUACGCGCAUCUGUUGACGUUCACACAUUUUAUUUGUGGAUUGUGGUGAUUGUGGACAACAACUCAACAACCCGAUCGCCAUAUUUAUCGCCUCCGCGAACUCGUUUUCCACUGCUAUCUGCGCUCGGGGUGCACUGUGUCUCGCCGAUAAUAAACACCCGCGUCAUGCCAAUGGCCAUCGGCGUGUUUUGACGACGUGGACGGCGAGAGAUCUUGCGUUUAAACCGAUCCCUUGACUGGGUGCGUGCUGCAAAGCAACGAACAUGAAUCGUAGCGGUGACGGGCUGGUGCAGCGGCGCAACAUUCUCCGCGAAGGCCGUGAUGACGGCACCCCUCGCGACCUCAAUUCACCCGAAGAGAAAAAGGCCGACCGAGGCGAAGGCGCCGACGAUGGCGACUCCAAAGAGACGCGGCUCACACUAAUGGAAGAAGUGCUUUUACUGGGUCUCAAAGAUAAGGAAGGCUACACAUCGUUUUGGAAUGAUUGCAUUUCAAGUGGACUCAGAGGUUGUAUCCUGAUUGAAUUGGGCUUGAAAGGUAAAGUUGAGCUGGAAAAAGCGGGUAUGCGACGUAAAUGCCUACAGAGUCGAAAACUCGUUUUGAAAAACGAUUCUGCCACCGGAGAUGUCCUGCUGGAUGAGACUUUAAAACAUUUAAAGGAAACACAACCGCCAGAAGGGGUACAGUGUUGGAUUGAGUAUUUGAGUGGCGAAACGUGGAACCCGCUUAAGCUGCGUUAUCAACUGAAAAACGUCCGGGAGCGUCUAGCGAAGAAUCUAGUUGAGAAGGGCGUGCUUACAACGGAGAAACAAAACUUUCUCCUGUUUGACAUGACGACACAUCCGCUGACAGAUAAUAUUGCCAAGAGUAGACUAGUUAAAAAGAUACAAGACGCUGUUCUAAGUCGAUGGGUGAACGAUCCACAACGAAUGGACCAACGCACGCUAGCGCUCAUCUUCCUCGCGCACGCCAGCGAUGUCCUGGAGAAUGCAUUCGCGCCGCUCAACGACGACGACUACGAGCUGGCGAUGAAGCGCGUCCGUGAGCUGCUGGACCUCGACUUUGAGCAGGAGGCUACCAAGCCCAACACCAACGAGGUGCUGUGGGCCGUUUUCGGCACAUUCACCAAGUAAAUACGCUGCGCACGCUCGCCAAGGUGGACGAUUUCAGUAUUUACGACGCGACGUGCAGUCGCGCACAGUGCAAACAAUUCACGACCAUUCAAAAAAAAACAGGAAAAACACGAAAACAUUUAUAUGAUAAACGUUGAGCGAGCGCAAACGGAAACAUCACUCGUGUGAAAUAUUUACCCGAUGAUAGAGGAUAGCAGAAGACGCAAAGAAUCUUAGCGAAUAAGGAUAAAUAAAUAAAUAAAUAUUGAAGACAUGUAUGUGAUACAUGCAAGUAUAAUGUAACGCACUCUCGCCGAGCGCGGUAUUAACGGAUAAACGCCAGUGUCGUAAGAUAAAUAAUCUUAACUAUUGUUAAUGCAUAUAAAUUUGUACAUAACUUGUUUUUAUACACGAAUUAUCGAGAUUAAUCGGGAACGGUGGCGAUGCGCAAAGCUUCAAAUUUCUUCUCGGCAUUCGAGAUGUUUUUUUUUUUCUAUUACGAUUGCGUUCCGUAGUGCUAUACUUGUAAAAAUUGUUAUUCAUCGUUUAGUUAGGCCACGUUUCAAAGUAUUUACGUUUAGAGAGUGGAACAAUGAAGUGAUAAUAUGCGUGAAAUUAAUUUUAAUCAAUUACUGGGUAAAAAUAUAUUGCAUCGUUCGCAUUACACACAAAAAUGGAAAACAAUGUACAUUCACUUGGAAUUUCACCGUCUCGGUCAAAAAGGUAUGUUCUAAGGAAUACAACGCGCAUACAUUUUUUGGUCUUGUACAUAACUUACUAAAAAUAAAUAUGAAUAUCAUCAAA